AUGCGAGAAUUGGAAACUUAUACAGUGACACUUAUUUUAGUUUUUAGUUUUGUUGUGCACAUAGAAGCAGUGACAGUGAAUCCUUUAGCGCCUAUGUGCCCUACGAAUAAAAUUGCACCUCGAAGAAAGCGCUAUGACAAUCAUCCACGAACCUUUGGAGAGUUUUAUAAUUUGCUGACACCGAAUUCACCUAGUAAUUCACCUAGUCUUCAAGAACAGCCACAGGAAGAUGUUCCAGAUGACUGUGGUGAAAUAGAUGACUAUGAUGAAAACGAUAUUGGUUCCCUCACACAACGACCGGCAGUAAGAAGACAAGGACAACACCGCUUUUAUUUCAAUAAAGGCCCGAAUCGCCCGUCGAACCAAUACUUGAUAAACCAGCACAAUCAAUAUGGCAUCAGACCAUCCACUGCCCCUGCUAAUAGACCGACGCGACCACCACCCGCUGGUUAUUUCGGAACCAACAGCUACACGCCACCGAAACCGCUAAAACCAACAGAUUACGUGAAACCAGUUCAUGAGGCCGGGCAAGAACCUCAAAUUAUCUAUCGCCCUGGAAUAAUUGUAGGUGGUCCUCUCGGUCACAUAGUUGGUCUUCCCCAAAACCACGGUUUGAAGCAUCAUACGACUACUACUACUAUCAGGCCCAGUAGACAACACAAGUACUACGACCAUCACCGUUAUGUGCCUUCGACCAUACAAUCGGACUUAGACCGAAACAGACAUCAUAGACCAAGAAAAUACAAUAGUGAUACAGGAAUAUUAGGGUCUUUUGCUGACUUGUUCUUUUAA